AUGACCAACAAACUCUCCUAUCCCGGUCUCAAAUGCGUUCUCGAGUACUUGGAGGCAAAUCGACGUAUCUACAUCACUGCCCGUAGCCCUGCCCUCCAAAGAGUCGAAAAAUCGAUACCUAUUCAUCUAGAAUUUCUAGCGAUUGAAGAAGAUGGCAUUUGUGUGAACUAUAUCGAGAUGAGCCCGUCUAACUGUAAUGAAAUAAUGUUCAAAAGGGGAAAAAAAUGCUACAAAUGGUAUUAUCCAAUGAAACUGGAAUUCGAAAAGGCAAAGGAGAAAAUGCGACAGUACUACUUGGGAGGAAGAAUGAGUGUUUAUGCAGAUGAAGUUAACCUCUUGGACAGAUUAGAAAAUUCUGCAAAGUUCAACGUGACAACUAACAGACUAUACGUAUAUUAUCUUAAUGACUCUCUCCAAUACAUCAAUCCAAACAGUUUCCCUCUGAAACAGCUGACAGUCGAAUGUUAUGAAGAUUUCAACCAUCCACAUAUUCGUUCCGCAAAUAGCCUUCAAAUUUUGAGACGGUUACACCUCUAUGAUGAUGUUGACGGAAUUUUGACUCAAUUGAGAAACGAAUUCAGCGAGAUUAUGAGUGAAUUAACCGGAGUUAAUGAUCAAAAGCCCGCAGGAACACCAGGCUUUUCCAUUCCACUAACAUCCUCAUCGAAGAUUCUUGUAUAUGAACGAGGAAACAAACUUGAGGAGGAAUUCGCCUUGAAAGUUGUUAGCAGUCAAGCUGACGACAACACUAUGGAGAUGGAGCACCAAUAG